GUGCUUUUUAUGAGUUGAUCAUUUGCUUGGAGGCUAUUAUGAAAAUGGAAAAUUAUGAGGCAUUUGUAGGCUUUGGUCUCUGUACGAAACCACUCUCCAGUGUUGCUCAGAAGAUUAUGUCCGCUAUGCGUUCAGGUCACUUAGUGGAGUCUAAGAAUUGGAGAGAGAGUGAAAAGACUGCAGAAGGGGCAGACAUAGCCAGUGUUCAAGAUUCAAUUUUACUUCAAGAUGGGCAAAACCAGUUACUUGAAAAAAAGGACCCCAAUAUCCGACCCACAGAGCAAAACCAGAAGAGCCUCAGCUCAUUGGCUCCCUCCAGUUGUCUGACUCCACGGCGCAGUCCAGAGGCUUCUGCUCUACAGAAAAUGGAGCGUGAGAGCAGGCGUCUCCUAAAGGAAGAUACAAGUGGUGUGGCUAGAGACGGCGUGAAUCUUAAGAGAAAAAGUGUUCCAUGGAACAGCCCAUCGGAGACAGCCAGCCGGCGUGGGGCAUGGAAUGGGGACGCCGACAUGGUGGAUGCCUCCCUCGGUCCUGGGGACACAGGAGCACCCGAAAGCCGUUUCUGUGAUGUCAGACAUCUGGGCGAGUCUGAGAGGAGCCAGCUGAUGGGCAGGCUCCAGUGCGCCGAUGCCCUGGUGGUCACGCUGGUGUUCGAGGACGGCUCCACCCAGCUGGGGGCCCCGCGGUCGGCUCCACUCUCCUCUGUUGAAGGAAUUGUGAUGUCAGUGCAGAGCCGCACAGGAGGGAGCGGGCCCCUGGGCGCCCCAGCCUCUGGCCGUUUCCUGCAGGAAGGCCUUGCGCUCUGUGACUCAUGUUUCUAUGUGAGGACACAGCGCGCUUCUGCUUGGAGCCAGGAACAGGAGGCACGCGAUCGGUUUGCCAGGGCCCUGCUGCUUCAGAUACUGAAAUGUCCUGUCGUCUGUUUCAACGCGAAGGAUUUUGUGCGCGCCGUGCUGCGGUUUCUGGGUGGCGAUGGCAGUUGGCGGCUUGCCACUGAUUUUGUGGGGCUGGACCCCAGCAUCGCUGCCUGGCUAAUAGACCCCAGCGACGCCAGCCCCUCCUUUGAAGAGUUGGUGGCAAAGUACCUUGAAAACCCCAUCACCGUUCAAGUGAGCAGCACGCGUGGAGACACCGCAAGAAAACCUGCGAACCAGAAUGUCUGUGCGAACCUGAGGAUGCUCUACAGACUGGCCGUGCGCCUCUGUGCCCAGCUGAAGGCAAGCACUGGGGUCUGCUGCCCAGGGCUUGUCUCCUUCCCACGCAGCCCACUGGGGAGCAGCCUCUCAGGAGGGGAGGGGCUGCAGGACGGGCACGAUGACACCCUCCUUACCACCCCACAGGCCCGCGGGCUGUGGAGACUCUUCUGCACCCUGGAGCUGCCUCUGAUCCCGGUUCUGGCAGCCAUGGAGAGCCACCGCGUGCAGGUGGACCGAGAAGAGAUGGAGAGGAUGUCAGCGCUUCUGGGGACUCGCCUCAAGGAACUGGAGCAAGAAGCCCAUUUUGUGGCAGGAGAAAAGUUCCUCCUAACAAGUAAUAAUCAGCUUCGAGAGAUCCUGUUUGGCAAGCUGAAGCUGCACCUGCUGGAGCCGAGGGGGACGCUUCCCGGAGCGGGGCCACAGCCGUACCCAGGCACAUCAGAAGCUGUGUUAAGCACACUGCAAGACCUUCACCCAUUGCCCAAGAUAAUUCUGGAAUACAGGCAGGUUCACAAGAUCAAGUCAGCCUUUGUAGAUGGAUUAUUAACUUGCAUGGAAAAGGGCUCCAUCUCCCCCACAUGGAAUCAAACGGGAACCGUGACCGGGAGACUUUCGGCCAAGCACCCCAACAUGCAAGGUAUCUCUAAGCACCCAGUUCAGAUCGCCAAACCUCAGAAUUUUAAAGGCGAGGCCGGCGGGAGCCUCACCAUCUCUCCGAGGGCCAUGUUCGUCCCACCCAGAGGCCACAGCUUCCUGGCAGCAGACUUUUCGCAGAUCGAGCUGCGCAUUCUUGCACAUUUAUCUGAGGACCCUGAACUUCUGAAGUUAUUCCAGGAAUCGGGAAGAGAGGAUGUCUUUUCUAGCCUGGCUUCACAGUGGAAGGACAUUCCCGCAGCACUUGUGACUCGGGCGGACAGAGAGCGGGCCAAGAAGGUGGUGUAUGCGGCCGUCUACGGAGCAGGGAAGGAGCGUCUGGCCACUUGCCUUGGGGUUACUAUCCAGGAAGCUGCCCAGUUUUUGGAGAGUUUCUUGCAGAAAUACAAGAAAAUCAAGGAGUUUGCCCAAGCAACCAUCGCCCAGUGUCGCCAGACAGGCUACGUGGCAUCCAUCAUGGGCAGACGGAGGCCGCUGCCCCAGAUCUGGACCCCAGACCCGCGACUCCGGGCACAAGCCGAGCGACAAGCAGUGAACUUCGUGGUGCAAGGCUCAGCUGCUGACCUCUGUAAGAUGGCCAUGGUCCGCGUCUCCGCCGCAGUGGCCGCCUCCCCUGCGCUUUCCGCCAGGCUGCUCGCCCAGAUCCACGACGAGCUGCUCUUUGAAGUGGGAGAGGCACAGGUCCCCGAGCUAGCAGCGCUCGUGGGGGCCACCAUGGAGGCCCUGCGGCACGCGCCAGGCCUGGAGCAGCAGCUGCAGGCUCUCCCACCGCCAACGGCAGUCCUAGGAGCCUCAGCCCUUGAGGCAGGUGCCAGCCACGCUGCUGUCCUGGCCUCACCUGGCGGCCAUCGGCAGCUCCGGAGGCAGGCAGGGGCCAGGGCCAGCCAACCCAGACGCGCCACACGCAUGCGCCGCUGCGCAGACCCCGAGGACAAGCCAGAGGUACAAGAGACAUCGGAAUCUCCGCAAACGUGUAAAAUCCACACGUCACGGCAUGUUUGUGGGUGGAGGUGGCGGGUGCGCCCCUGGCAGGCCCGGCCUCCGCCAGGUGGGAGGCCCUGAGGCGCUGGCCCAGCCC